AUCACGUGACACACUUAGCUAAUCGGUGAUGAACAGCAAAAUGGAGGAGCGUGAAGCUAGAGAACCUGAGCAGCUCAGAAAGCUGUUUAUUGGAGGACUGAGCUUUGAAACAACCGAGGAGAGUUUACGGGCUCAUUUUGAACAAUGGGGAGCUCUUACUGAUUGUGUGGUGAUGAGGGACCCUAACACCAAGCGUUCAAGAGGGUUUGGCUUUGUGACGUAUGCGGCUGUAGAAGAAGUCGACGUUGCCAUGGCAGAAAGGCCUCAUAAAGUGGAUGGUCGUGUUGUUGAACCCAAGAGGGCCGUGUCCAGAGAGGACUCCAAUAAACCCGGCGCCCAUCUGACCGUCAAGAAGAUCUUUGUCGGUGGGAUCAAAGAGGAUACCGAGGAGUACCACAUCAGGGAGCAUUUUGAGAAAUAUGGAAAGAUUGAAUGCAUUGACAUCAUAGAAGAGCGCUCCACUGGGAAGAAGAGAGGAUUCUGCUUCGUCUCCUUUGAAGACCAUGACACUGUGGACAAAAUAGUUGCCCAGAAAUUCCACACGAUCAAUUUCCACAAUUGUGAGGUCAGAAAAGCCCUCUCAAAACAGGAAAUGAGUACUAUGUCCACCAGCAGGGACAGGAGUGGAGGAUCUGGAAACUUCAUGGGAAGAGGUAAUUUUGGUGGUGGUGGCAACUUCAAUCGAGGAGGCUAUGGUGGAGGACGAGGCGGUUAUGCCGAUUUUGACAAUGGUCCAGGAGGUAAUUAUAGUGGAGGACCAGGUUAUGGAGGUGGCAGAGGGGGCUAUGGAGGUGGUGGUCAAGGGUAUGGCAACCAGGGAGGUGGAUAUGGUGGAAACUGUGAUGGAGGAUACGGAGGCAAUGACGGAGGAUAUGGAGGAGGGGGAAAUUACAAUGACUUUGGAAAUUAUGGUAGCCAGCAGUCCAGCUAUGGGGCCAUGAAGGGAAACAACUUUGGUGGCAGAAACUCAGGUGCACCAUAUGGUGGUGGCCAUGGAUCCGGUGGAGGGGGCGGCAGCAGCAGCAGCAGCAGCGGCGGAGGAGGAGGGGGCUAUGGCUCUCGGCGAUAUUAAUUAUAUCAUGUUUUGGCUUCAGUUCUUAGCAGGAGAGGCGAGGAGAUGAGCAAAGGAAAUGUCAGGAAAGCCGCAGGUUACUUUGAGGCAGUCAUCUGAAAGCAUUAGAGGAACACUCAAGUCAGACAUUACUGCAGCUAAAUCGGAGAAGUUUAUGGAAGAAGGACUGUAUACACAAGACAUGAGUGCAGAUGAUACUCCUCCCUAAUUGUGAUAGAUGUUUCCCUACCCAGCUAUUUUUUUUUUCUUCUGUGUGUAUAUUGUGCCUAUGGUAUCAUGGGUGAAGAGAAAAUUGUUUUCUUUUUUUAAAGUCUGAAGUCAGAUCUUUAUCUUUUUUUAAUAUGACUUUCUGUUGGUGAAUUAAUCUUGUCUUUUUCUGUCAUAAAAUAGUUAAAUCAGGCCUUCAGCUAGAAUGAGCUAGAAUUACAAUUUUGUUUUGUUUCUGAAGUUAUUAUGAUUGCUCAUUUGCAAGUGUCAAGUGUAAUUUUUUUUUUUUAUGUGAAGCACAGUAUGUACAUCCUUAGUGUAACCAGUGUCAACAAACAUAAGCAAUCUGGAUUAGAAUCAAGGGAAUCCCUCACUCUUCUUUUUCCCAGCACACAGAAUUUUAGAUUGUUUGGAUUAGAAGAAAAAGACCGAAUAAAAUUGUUUAGUAAAGUGACAAGAGGUUCAGUGCAUCAUUGGUCCAGAAAGAAAUCACAUGAGUUAUUUAUCUGUUGCCUGCACACAUUUUGACUGUGAAGUUAGACAAAUUCGCCUGUCCAGAACCACUUCCUCCUCUUUUUGGGGACUAUUUAAGACUUCUAUGGGUGAAAUUGUAAAUAUACUGUAUUUAUUUGUACAAAUGUCAAUGACAAGGAAGUUUCUGGUAGUCCUAGGGCAAAGGCCCAUACACCACCUAUGCCAGUUUUGAGCGUGUAGGAUUAUAACGGCCACAAGCACCUGCAGUUGAGCCUUCAGCAUCGCUAGUGUGGAAGAUUGCAGAUGACUGUCAGACAGGACGUCUGCAGCCCCCGCACAGUGGACCAGUCAGCAUUUUGAGAGACAGAGAGAAGGCAGCAUCGAGCACAACGCCCAUGGAGGAAGCUUCUGAUAGUGAGCGUCUAUCUCUGUCAAGGCUAGCUAAACCCUCCAGCAGCUGGUGCUAGCGAAGAAAGAAUAGUUCCUGGACACAUUGGAGAUCCUGUUGAGUCAGAGAUACUGCAGUUUUACCCGAAAGUGCUAGAUUUCAGACAUUAACGAGAAAAGGGAGUGAGUAUUUCACAAAAAGCUGACUUAAGAAGAUGAAGCAGGUAAGAGUAACCACUUUGCUUGAUUUGCAGAUGUGGAAAAGAGGAAUUCUCUUCUUGCUGAAAAUCUGUAAAGACCUGAUAACAUGGAAGGUUCUGGAUGGGUAAGACUUUUUUUCAAAAUAUUAUCAAAGGCUGCUCAUUAUGUAAUCUAACAGCGCAAAUGGUAAUCACACCAGGUGCAAAGGUUCUUUUAAGGUAAAUGGAGCAGGAGCUCUUCAGGUAUUGUUCCUCUUUGACCUGAAUCAGCCUGUGACCUUCACCACAGCUGGGCAUAUCGUGCAGGCAAAAUAUGUUUUAUUACCUUUGCUAUCAGUCAGUCCUGAUAAAGUUCAUGGUGCUGAAACAUCCUUAAGGGAAAGCAAAUGAGCAUGCUCAGGAAAGAAACAAUAUUUACACUCCCUGGCCACUCUAUUAGGCACACCUAUAUUAAACAAUAUCACAAUUCAAUACAGCAGAUCUACAAUCAACUUACCUCAGUGUUAAACAUAUUCAAUGAACAGCCUUGAGGUGAUGUAAAAACUCCAUUGAAAAAAAAGUAGAUGGCAAAACAGUUUUAUAGAUUUGCAUUAUAUUCUAUGGAUGUACCUUUUAUAAAAUGGUCAGUGACCAUUGUCGAUAUCAAUGUCAAGCAAUCACUUGAAUCCUGCAGUGCUAAUGCGCUUGGCAGUCUGUAAAUAAAUCUACGCAUAGCAGAUUUUUAACUCUUAAGUUAACUAUAAUUACUGCAAAGGCAUGUCAUAGAAAAUUAAUGUAUAUAAAAAAGGGCUGGUAAUCAGCACGCUUAUAAGCUGAUUUUAAAGCCAUGUGAAAUGUCUAAAAAAGUCUGAUGUCAACUCAGGAGCAUAAACACUUAAAAACAAAGACAAUGGUUUAACUUGAAGGCAAGUUGAAAAGCAAAUGUAUUCAAAAAUACUCUUAGUUGUCACUGUCAAAGGAAUAGUGUAGAUAAAUCUUACCUUUUAGCUUAAAAGCUUUUUCAGUAAAAGUACUGAAUAUUUAGCCCCCGCGAGUUCAAGAUAAGUUUGGAGUUUCAAGCUAAUCUUAUAAGGUUUGCUUAACAUAAAGGGGUAAUCCUGUACCCCUUUAAGCAGGUAAAACAGUAUGUUUAAACAUUCAUUCCAAUUACAAACCCUUGUACGUUAUUAUAUUUACACAAUGCAUAGCUGUCAACGUUUAUUUAAAUGAAUGUUGAUGUAAAAUCAAUGUCCAUCCAUUGAGAUGUGACCGACAUAAUUGAUGAUGCAAAUAUGAUCUUGUUCAAAAUGAAUGAUACAUGCACUCAGUGGAUUCCACGCAGGUCAUGUCUACUCGAUCUAAGAAAAUGAAGAAACCAUGCCUGUUGUUUCUCAAUCAGUUAAGGGAUAGUGUUUCUGCAGAGGAAUGUAGAAUAACCAACUCGCCGAAUAAAGACGUGCUUGGCAGAAGCACCCCAGAGUCGGUUAACUAUGUUGGCUAACCUGUAAAAUGUGUAAAGUUUGACUUAUGCUCUUAAAAUAAAAAUAUUUUUCAUGA